AUGUCUCUUAAAGUACUCGUUUUUGUGAUCGGACUAAAUAUCGCCGCAGCCUCUCGCUGCGAUCACUUCUACAGAAAGGACUACACCUACAUCAACCAGUUCGACGCCUUCUACAAGCUCCACUGGGACCUGUCCGGGCAGACCUGGGGCUCCGCCUUCUUGGCCUGCGACGACGAGGGCACAGCCCUGUUUUAUCCGAAGACGGCAGAUGAGUGGAGCGUUGUGAAAACCCUGGUCGCCCCGAUGAAACUCAAGCCUAAUAUUACGGAGAUUUUCGUUGGGAUACAUGAUGAGUUUGGGCUGGGGGAGUUUAUGACUGUUGACGGUUUGUCUACACCAUCUCCUUUACCAGAUAAAGACCAAGAUUUAGAAGGCCAGAGCGCAUGCGUGGUGAUGGAAAUAGAUACAGGCGUCUACAAGCUAGAGGCAUGUGACACGGACAGUAUAAAGCCGUUUGUCUGCAAAAAGGUCGAAGAGGUUAUUCCAUCCUGUCCUACCAUCGACCGUGGCUACACAUACGAUAAAAAAACCAAAAAAUGUUACAAGCUCAACCAGAGAAAGAAGCCGUGGACCGAAGCCAUGCAGACCUGCUUCAUGGAAGGCGGGAUCCUGGCGGUGGUCACCAGAGCUGAUGAGGCAGAUGUGGUCUUUCAGAAGCUGCCAGAAUAUGAGGAAGAGUAUUUCGUUGGGUUUAGGAGGCUGUUUCAGAAUGGAGACUUUUAUACGGUGAAAGGUCAACAAUUCGACAACACAUUCUACAAGCGUUGGCGAAACAAUGGAAACGACGAGAACAAAUCGAACAACGAUUGCGGGACGGUAUCGAAGCGAUAUGACUACAGAGACCUAUUCACCGGCACGAGGAAUUGCCUCCAGCCUGCUGCUUUCGUGUGUGAGAUGGUCGCUAGGACUUAAAUUUGG